GGCCAAUUAGUUUGAGUUAAUAAAUAGCAUAUUUUUCUUUUAGCAAACAUUGAAAGUUUUAGUCUUUGUAAGGUUAUUUAAAGCCAGUCCUCAAAUGAAGGGAAUAUAUUAAUUGUCCACAGCUAGGCUACACACUGGGAAAUAUUUUCAUUGUCUGUUUUAAAAAGGCAUUUGCAUUUUUGUUAAAAUAAAUUGCAAGGGACCCUAACGUUAACGUUAAAAAAAACACUUGUUUUAAGUGUCUGUUUUAUAACUGUUAUAACUUUGUCCUGAAUGAACACGUGGAGACUGCGUGGAUGCUGAAAACUUUCAUUCUUGAGUUGACUACCCCUAGUGUGCAGAUCGGUGCUGGGAGGAGCUCUGUUCUACUUGGGGGACAUUAACAGUCCCCCAAAAAGGGCGUUGUUUUCGGGAAUAGGAAGGCAACUACAUCAACAAACGCGAGAUGGAGGAGUCGAACCCAAAUUCAUCUUCAGCUUCAAGCAACGCAGGACCGCUAGUUCAAGUGACAUUUCAAAAGGACCCGAACCGAAAAAAGAAAUAUCUGGAGUCAGAACCCAAAGCACUUGGGUGCACUCAGAUUGUACUCGCAUUCUUCCUGGUGAACGCCGGUCUCCUCAAUUGGUCACCCGGGUGGAGUACUAUGGAAAUCAUAAAUGGAAUCUUUGUUAUUAUUGCUGGAAGUGUGGCCAUUGCAGCACAGAAUCUUUCCCUACACACACUUAGGGCCUGUUUGGGACUCCAGGUUUUCACCAGCAUAACCUGUGGAGUCACCUUCCUGUGUAUGCUUGGCUCAUCAGUACACGUGCACUAUUAUGAAGAUUGCCAUUAUUUGACACAUGAUGAGGUUAACAGAACUGUACACGAAGCAUGUACAAUGUUGUUGCAGGUUGAGGACCAUUAUUCCGCUGAGAUCAAAGUGGUCAUGGCCACAAUUCUCGGCAUCUCUAUCACACUGGCGACCUACUGCUGCAAAGUCAUCCAGUGCUGUUCGCCAGCCGGUUUUAUGCCUGUGAUCACUGUGAACGCACCUCCAGCCCCCGAAGUGAGAAGAGAAGACAGAGAGGGAGAGAGCCCAAACGAUGGAUAAGACUGUUGCCAAGGAUACAUCGAUUUCUAUACACUAGCCUACACUUCAUUUUAUAUUUUGAUACUUAUUUUUAUACUUUAUUCUUACAUUGUUUCCCUAAAAGGAAAAAUAAUUAACCAUAUUCUUGAGACAGUGACUUUCUCUCACUGACUUCACUUAAGCUGAUGAAAUAUAAACUACAAAAACAACAUACUUGUAAGAUUGUUGUAGGACUACUACUAAACUUAACAUUCAGUAGGCUAUAUUACGUAGUAGUGAUUCUGGCCUUUUAUGGUCAAUCUGUCAGUGCGGUUACAUGCAAACAAACAAUCAGAUUUUACUCAGAUUAAAAAUCAUGUCAUGUAAACAGAGUUCUCCGAUUGAACUCCAAUUUUAUGAAAUCAGAGAAGAUAACCUAGAGUAUUUGAUAUCAAUUUGAUUAUGUAACCAAAUACUCUGAUUACAGUUGGAGUUUAUAAUGUUCUAUGGAACUUUACAUUGUUGUGAAACACAAGAUUUUCAUUGUUUUUUCAUUUUCAUCCAUUUUCAAUUGGAGUAGGCCGGCCUAUUAUAAAAUUCUGAUAAUACUCCGAUUGGACUUUGAGUGUACAGUUGUUGGGCAGGAUGCAAGGUGUCUUUAAUGAUGAAUAUUUUUCUGUAAUGCUCUGGAUACCAAUACAAAAAUAACAACAAAAUACUCCGAUUGGUGCUUUAAUCCGAUUCUUCUGCACAUGUAACCACACUGUGUGUAAUCAUAUCAAAAUAUAUGUUUUGUACUUUUUGAACAAAUAAAUAAAAACAACUUUUAACUUC